AUGGCGACACCGUCUUCUCAUGCAGCAGCUAUGGCUGCGUCUCGUUUGCAAAUGCUGUACAGCGGGGGAGAUGCGCAUACCCCGUCUCAAGGAUAUGACCUGUAUUCGCCAUCCCGACCUCAACCCCUCUCUGCCACAUUACCGUCAUCAAUGCCGAAUGCAAGGGAACUUUGUGUGGUGUGCGGUGAUAAAGCUUCGGGAUUUCAUUAUGGCGUGAUGAGUUGUGAGGGUUGUAAGGUGAGUGUUUAUGGAUUGUUGUUUGACGAUGCAUAA